AUGAACUCGACCCACCAGGACAUCCUUACCAUCGGCGUGCUUGGAGUCACAAUCGCCUUCGACAUCGAGAUCCUCAUCCGCAUCGCCAUGCAUUUCCCGGACUGGCGGGCGUUCUUUGCCAAGGGCCAGAAUUGGCUCGACCUCAUGCUCGCGCUAGGCAGUAGUUUGAUGAGGUUUUAUCCGGUGAUAUCGAAGAUACGGAGGAUGAAGCCCUUAUUGCUCUCCGUGUUCGGAGACAUGUACGGUCUCGCGAACAUGACGCUCUUCCUCCUCCUCGUGAACUUCCUCGCCGCCCUCGCCGCGCUCCAGCUCCUCCAGGGCGACCUCACCGCGGACGAUAACAUGACCUUCAGACAGAUCUACACGUCCUUCCUCGCGGUGUAUCAGAUCUCCUCGUCUGACAAUUGGAUGGCGGUGUUGUACAAUUCGGCGGACACGGAGUCGGGGCUCGGACAGACGGCGAUCAUCUGUUUUUUUUCGGCUUGGUUUUUCUUCGCGAUUUUUAUCGUCAUCGACGGGAACUUCAACAUCGCCGAAGAAUCGAAACGAGUCCGACAGACGGACGAUUACUCGGCGACCCACCAGCCGCAGAGAGUCAAGGCGACCUGGAAGGCGUUGGUGCAGGAUUAUGGACUGCCGGGGAUGGAGAGGAUGAGUAGUAAACGCAAGGUGGACGGGAAGAGGAGCGGUUCGGAACACGUAACGAGCAAGUCGUUGAGCGUGCUGCAGCAGUUGUUCAUUGGCGCUACCUCCAAAGAGCUGCUCGCCUCGUUUGGUCACAAUGUCGCUGCCGCAGAGGAGAUGAAUGACGCGCUUCAUGAUCGCAGGGCCCAAACGGCGGAUCUCUGCCAGUCCGUCGGCAGACCCGCAGACGGCGAAUGGAUAUUCGGACGGCCGACGUCCGCCACGGCACACACCAUCCUCCUGACCGUCAUCGGUGGCAGCGUCGUCGAAAGCAUCACGACCCCGAUCUUCCGCCGCAAUUUCUACAACCUAUACAGACACAACCGCGGCUCAUGGUUCAAUCUCUCAGAGGCCGUAUCAGGGCUCAUGCUCGCCAUCGAGCUCAUCAUCAAUAUCAUCGCCGGCGGCUUCCUCUUCACCCCGAACGCGUACGUCUGUAGUAUCUGGAAUGUGCUCGAUUUCGCCAUCAUGGCAUGCAUAGUCGUCAACGUCACAACGCGCCUCAUCUUCAUCCGUGGGCUCAGUCGGUUCACGAGGGCGUUUAAGGUGCUCCGCGCACUGAGGCUCAUCACGCUCGUCGAGAAGAUGCAGGCAACGUUCGAGUCGCUCGUCCUUUCCGGCGCGUCUCGUAUCUUUGACGCAGCCAUGCUGGCUAUCGUGUAUAUGAUCCCUUACGCCGUUUGGGGGCUCAAUAUCUUCGCCGGCCUCAUGAACGAAUGCAACGAUUCGAACAGCACCGGCAUCUCGGAUUGUAUCUACGGGUACGAGAACGACGUCGUUGGCGGACACGACAAUCUGGCCUUUACGUUCCUGGUGCCCCUGUUUGAAGCCCAUAUGACCCUCACCCUCAUGGAUCUAAAUGAGGAUGCACUACGUCUUGUCAUAGCAAAUCUCGACAAGAAGUCAAGCGCCCGUCUCGCUCAGACCUGUUGCUCCAUGUCUGAAGAGGCGCUUAACGGACUCUGGGCCACUGUCGAGUGGUCCGAUGUCUUGUGCAUGGCUCGUUCCCUUGUAGUUGUGGAGGAAGUUGCCAAUGCGUCUUCUUGGGGACAGACAGGUCAGGGAGGAUGGGGGGUUCCGGGGAAUGUGACACCUACCAAUACUGAUAGAGUUGAUCCUGUGGAGCUCUCUGCAUACCUACGAAUCACUUUCUACACCUUGCGAGUUCGUCAUCUCUUCGAUGAUCUUCAAGGCCGUGAUCAUGGCCAGCUCUCCAGAAGACUGAUACGUACCUCACAUGGGGCCCGACCGCUCUUCGCCGACCUGGUCUCUUUCAACGGUGAUCUGAAUAGCGAGGUCUUCCAGCUGAACGUCUUUGGCAAAGGCAUCAAGAGGCUCGCUCUUCGAGUCGAUACACCCGGGCAUAGUAUCACGCGUGGUGCCUUUCUUACCCACUUUUCACGGUCAUACCCCGCCUUGAACAACGUCACACUCACUGCAACCUCGAGUCCCGACAAUCUCUCAUUCUUCCUCGAUGUUGUUGUGCCAUUCAUUCAUGAGCAACACAGUCUAAAAUCUCUGACUCUUCCCGCACACGUCUUGUGCCAUGAGUUUUUGGAGACACUUGGGCGCAAAACAACCUCCCUCACUUCCCUUCAUGCAUCAUUCUUCCAGAACGAGAUUGACCCAUCGAGUACCAGCUCAUUCGACUCAUUUCCUUGGCCUGCGGAAUUUACUGCACCCAUCAGUGUGUCCAGCGGCAUCACUUCGCUAUCAGUUGCAUCGUCAUGUGACGCACUUGCAAGAUUUCUACAGACGCAGCCGGAAAUCCCAUCCUCGCUCACCGACCUCUCCUUCCGAUACAUCCACGAUGCCGACUCUCGUAGAGCGUCCAUUCGUCACCUGUCUGGAGUCAUCAGCACCGAGUGCACCUCAUUGCACUCUCUUGUGCUGAACUUACAUGCAAACACGGCGCAGAUAUUGCCGUACCAUAGCCAUAACCACCCAGCGCUCACCUGGGAUCUUUUACAACCGAUAUCGAGUGCGCGAUCGCUCACGAGGCUCACCAUAUACGAUACAUAUACCAUGGAGCUUGAUGAUCAGGAGGUUCUUUCCAUCGCACAUGCCCUUCCAAAUAUUGAGAUCUUGUAUCUCAAUCCGAAUCCGUCCAGUAUUGGAGGUAGUCGCCCCAGCUUGCAGUCAGUGGAACACUGUGUUGCCCACCUCCCCCACCUUCUCGAACUCGGCUUGUGCCUGCGAAUCGACAAUGACAUCCGUAUAAAGCCUGUCAUAGCAGACGACUGGUUUGCGCGCCGGCAACGGUGUUCCCUCAAGAUCGUCCAUCUCGGCUUCACGCAAUUUCCAUCUCAGGACAUAUUUACGGUCACUCGGCAAAGCUGUCGAUUCUUAACGAAAUGUCUCCCGAUGUUUACUCAAAUCCGCGUAGGAUUGCUGGAGGAUGACACUUGGCCCAUUCCGGCUCCUGUUUGGAAUCCUAUAUCUCUGAAUCACCAUAACUGGGUCGAGAUCUGGGCUCCGCUUAUCUUGGACUUGCGAAUGUCAUUCGAGGAAGGAACAGCAUAUGGGGCUCAGAGGGUUGAGGCAGUUUCGGAAAUUAUGGUUGAUGCUGGUAGCGAUGAUGGGAAGAUGGGGAGGGUACGAGGGGAUAAUGAUCAUGAGGGAUUGGAGGGGCAAGAUGAUAGUACUGGCGAUGAUCAUAGUGUCAUAGACAAGGGCUUCACACCGCCCGCGACGCCUGCCGACGUGCUGCUUGUAACUGAGGGCUCGACUAGCGCACUAGCGGGUCAUCUUAAUCGUAACGAGGUCUUGCGCGAUGAGAGUCCAGAGUCAGAGUCGAUCACUGAGAUCUCUUCGGAUGGAGCCAUGCCGUACACAAAAGGUGCUUCGGUGUCUGAAGCGUUAUGGGCGGUUGUGACAGGGAAACUUGAGACCGCUUUUGCAGGGGAUAAGGCUUUUCAGGAGGCCUGCGCGCAUAUCUCAGUAUUGCCUCGUAAUAUUUUAGAUCAGGCCAGUGAUGACAUUGUGUCAAAAGUCAUGAGCCAACUCAGGUGGGCUCUGCAGUUCGCCCAAGAUAUAACACCCGCGCCCGAGAUCUACCAAGAUAGUGUCCGAUUCACCGCACAGGAGAAGGGCAAACAGCGUGCAGAGGUAUCUGGUCCCAGCACUUCUCAGACUCCUGGUCUCGGGAACGCGACUUCUGGUGGCUCGUCGGUCCUUGCACCAUUCCCGCUUUUUCCAGGAUGGGACUCUUUCGACUCAGAAGAUGAAGGAUCCAAUUCAGAUGUAGGUGGUGACCGUUACAGACCUAUAGAUGUUGACGGCGAGGCUGGCGGGAGUCGUGUGGAUGCUCUGGAUGAGGCUAAGGAUGAGGAUGAUAUGGACAUUGACGAUGAAGAGGCCACAAAGACAAAAGUGGACUUGGUUGAGUCCGAGUCUCAUGAGCGUAUAUCUGCGAUUAUGGCGGGCGUGGACGUCAAUCCGGAGCCCCUCAAAGCGCCGAAGGAAGGGAGGAAGAACAGAACGAACAUGGAGGCCACGGGUGAAAACAGGACGGCUAAUAUGAAGAAGGAUAAUGUGGUCUCCGACGAUCCCCCUAUCAGAAAUAAACGCAAAGCUCAAGCGGGUCCAAGUAAUACUUCUCAGUCCUCCACCAACAAGAAAGCGAAGGGCCCUGUGACGCCCAAGAAAAAAAAGUAA